UCUGUUAUUUGACACGGAACGAUUUAACGUGAACAAAAUGGCUGUGCGCUCGGCGUUCGCUAGGCUGCCUUCGCGCAUGCGCACUACUGCUCAGCGCUCUGUGCGGGGAGCAGGUAUUGAGGUUAGUGAGUGACUGAGUGACAGGCUGGAGCUCAAAAGCUGUCUGAUCAUCGAUCAUAUUAGUGCACCAAGGUGUUCCGCGCUCUUGGAGUUCAGAUCUGUCAGACGAAGCAGUCAGUCGGUGUGGUUAUUAUACCUGAAGCGGUUGCAGUCGCGGCGUCCUAAAGCUGCGUUUUGAAUGAACAUUAGGUGAUAUUGGUGACCAGGUCCAUUUCAGAAAAGUGUCCGGAUCUGGACUUUUGCGAAGGCAGAGUGCAGCUGCAUCCCGAUCCCGGACCCUGCACAUUCCCAGCCGAGAGGAAUGAAGCACAUGAAGUUAUGGAUUGCAGAAAGACUCUGAUGACUUUCAGAAACCAUUUUGUGGAGUUUUGAUAGGGUUUUUUCUUUUUUCUUUUUUCCCCCGAAUCUGGUUUGUGCUUAUUGAGAACAAGCUCAGGGAAAUAGUUGUAUUUAUUAUUAUUAUUUAUUAUUAUUAUUAUUAUUAUUAUUAUUAUUAUAAGUUUGUAUUAAACCGUAAUCUCAGAAGUAACCAGUCGCACAAUAAUGUUCCAGCACAAAAAGUGUUUCACGAUUGAAUCUCUGGUUGGAAAAGACUCAAACACCUCCAGCGCUGGAGAUGAACCGAUUCGGCCCACAGCUCUGCGCUACACUGAAUCUGUGCAUCCGGCUCCGUUCGGCAGCUGCUUCCAGAACUCAGCUCGGACUCUGUACGGGAACGUUAACGCGGAUAUGAUGUUCCCGGACACGGGCUCCCACUCGGCCAACUCUGCGCUGGCACUGCGGCACCUGCCCAUUCCCACUCAGCCCUUCUUCAGUCCACACCAGAGGGACAGCCUGCACUUCUACCCCUGGGUGCUCAGAAACCGAUACCUUGGACACCGCUUUCAGGGUGAGGACAGCAGCCCGGAAAACCUGCUGCUGCAUGGACCAUUCUCUCGCAAGCCCAAGCGCAUUCGCACGGCCUUCUCCCCCUCACAGCUGCUGCGACUAGAGCGUGCUUUCGAAAAGAACCACUAUGUAGUGGGUGCUGAGCGCAAGCAGCUGGCCAAUGGCCUCUGCCUCACUGAGACCCAGGUAAAGGUAUGGUUUCAGAACCGGAGAACCAAGCACAAGAGGCAGAAACUGGAAGAGGAAUCGCCUGAGCUGCAGCAGAAGAGAAAGGGCAACCAGCAUGUGAACCGCUGGAGAGUUGCUACUCAGCAGGGCAGUGCGGACGACAUAGACGUCAUCUCAGAGGACUAAUGUCUCGAACGCACGUAUUCUAACUCUCUGCAGCUCAGCCAUAAUUAGUGGAGAAAAAACACGAAAAGAAAUAAUAAACAAACUAAGCUAAUACCAUUCAAGUUCCAGACCUAGUCAUGAAUCGACUUGGCUGUUAAAACUAAGGAACGGAAAUCUGUGCUGUCAGCUGAAAGAUUAUGUGUGAGCGGGCACAGCGAGGAUGCCUCAGCUCGGACUGCUCCAAAAGAUUGGUUUCCAAGACUUCUCGUAUGCAAUACAAACAGACCUCUACAGUUUGGGACUCCAUCACAGAGCAUUAAAGAGUGUCUAGUUUUUCACUCCACCUCUCCCUUCUUCUACCAUCCACCUGAACAUUUUCAUCUAAAUGUAUUAUGUUCGCUCUGGUUAAGACAACUUUCUGAUGGACGGAUUGUUUGUUACGUACUGUUAAAUUGUCAAACUGGUCAACUGCAUUGUUUAAUUCUUUACCGAAGUCGAACUCAGCCUUAGAUGUAACUUGAGAUAUUUUGUGGAUUUCUGUGUUAUGCAAUGUUUCCAAAAAUGACCUUUUAAAAAUUAAUUUUUUUGUUUUUUUUACCCCUUACCAAUGAACAGCAGGUUUUUAAUGAACAUAUGGCAUUGAUGCAGAUCUGACAGCUUUCCCAGUCUCCUGUAAUGUGCAUUAGGGCAGUCGAACACUUCAAAUCUUUUAUUUGUUCAGAACGAGCAAACUUUUCUAUGCAUUUGAGUGCCAAGAUUCACUGACGUCAGGGUUUAAGCAAGAAACCGUAUUUGUGGUUUAAAUGUCUUACUAUGUAAAAUAGUUAUUUUUUUUCUUUUUUGCUUUUAAUUAUGACUCAAAAUUAAAAAUACAAAAAAAAAACUGAAUUAAAUAUAAUUAGCUAAUUGAGAAAAAAAGCAAUCAUUUACUUCAUACUGAAAAUGAGAAUUUUCCUAGUGUAUCAUUUAAGGUCCAGAAACAGUUUGUAGCACUUCAAGACAGAUUUUUAUUUUUUUGGUUUAAUGAGGACAAGAAAUUGCACUGUAGCCCUACCAAUUCAUUUUUUUUUUCUGUUGUCUUGUAAUUAUUAUUUUGUAAUUCAUGUCUUGUUUCUUGUUUCCUGCAGAUGAUUAGAUAAUAAAAACAUUGAUCUGACAAAAAAUUUUAAAGAUUAUUCAUCCAUUUUCCAUACCUGGUACUAAGUAAAUUGUUGCCAUUAUUUAUAGUAUAGGUUUUAAUAAUCAUCAAAAAAACAUUAAAAGGCUUAUAUGGAUUCCCCCCUGUUUUUGUUGCAGAUCAUUAUCUUUAAAAACACUCAUUUAAAUAUAAAGACACCCGUUUGCCUUAAUUAUUAAGUAGGAGUACUGGGCUGCAAAAGAAACAGCAUAGACAAGAAAAAAAAAAUCAAACUCAAACUAUCAACAUAUUUAUAUAUAAUAUAAUGUAUUUAAUGCUAAGUGCAGAUAUACAUUUUAUUUUGUUUGUUUUUUGGUUGUUAUUUGACUUGUUGAAACUGUAGUGAUUUCCUUGCCUGCCCAUUAAAGCUGUCCUCAUUAAAUCUGUCCUCCAAGUAGGGCCUAAUUAUUUUCAUCUGUUGUGUGAUUCUCACCUCCGAUCCAUCUUUUUUUCCAUGUCUGGGUGUGUUUGCAAGGUUGGAAAACAGAUGAGAUCCAGAACUCAUGAGUUAAAGGCUCUGGGCUUCAAAUUCUACCA